AACUAAAAAAAAGUCAGCGGAAAAAAAAAAACUCUAAAUGUAAAAAAUAAUAAUACAGCGAAAAGGUAAAGGUUUUUUUUUUGUGUGCAUUCGUUUCUUCCAAAUGCAUCCAAAGCAAAGCACCAUUAAAAUCCUUCAAAGCAAAAACCUUCUCUCAAGUUUUUUUGACUGUUAUUAACUCUUAGGUUGGUCAAUCAGAAUCAAGUCUUUUUCGUUUCCCAAUUCGAUUUGGAUUUUGUUUUCUUCUUCUUCUUCUUCUUCUUCUCGAGAUUGCGUAUUUUGAGCGAUGCGGGAAGUGGAAACAACGGCAAUCACAGCAGCUCCUCCACAAUUCUCUCAAAUGUUUCAGAAAUUAGCCAUGGCCGUCAAGACCAAGACCUACGAGUUCUUCACCGAAGACGAUAAUGAGAGAACCGAUGCUGAGGGUUUCUCUCUUCUCGAUUCCUCCGAGGAUUUUAUCACCGAUCAGAAAGUCGUCGUUCUUAAACCCGAUAAGCCUCUUCUUAGUGCUUCUUCUCCGGGAUCUCCUAUUGAAUCUCCGGUGAACGAUGUUCAGACGAAGAAUUUGGGUGUGGUAAGUGUUGUUAAACCUAAUCAAAAGAAGCUUUCUCAGGUUAGGAAAUUGGAUACACAGAUGGGAUUGAGUUUGAUUUCUUCUGUUUUCGCUACUGCUUCGUCUUUUGAAGCUUCGUAUCUUCAAUUGCAAGCUGCUCACGCGCCGUUUGUUGAGGAAAAUGUCAAGGCUGCUGAUAGAGCUCUCGUAUCUAACCUCCAGAAAUUGUCUGAUUUGAAGCAGUUUUAUAGGAAUUAUCGCCAAAGUUUGGAUUUUGAGUCUGAUUUAGCUAUUGGGUCUUGCUUAGAAUCUCGUGUUCAGGAGAAUCAGAGCAAGCUUAGAGCUUUGGAAACCGUCUCAAAUCGUUUACAAGCUGAGAUGGAUGCAAAGGAUUUGCAGGUUUGGAGUCUGAGGAACAAAUUAGGUGAGAUUCAGAAAUCUACUUCCAAGUUGUCUAAGAGAUUGUCUUCAAAUUCAUCGUUGGAUGUUCUGUUAUCGGUUAGGGUUUUUGAGUCUCUGUUGUAUGAUGCCUUUAAAGCUACUCAGAAAUUCACUAAGAUUCUGAUUGAGUUGAUGGAAAAAGCUGGGUGGGAUUUGGAUUUAGUGGCUAAGUCUGUUCAUCCUGAGGUAGAUUAUGCUAAGGAGAGACAUAACCGGUAUGCAUUGUUGUCGUAUGUUUGCUUGGGGAUGUUUCGUGGUUUUGAUGGAGAAGGAUUUGAUCUAAAUGAGAAUGAUUAUGAAGAGUCUGAGAGAAGUUCUGUAGAUUCUUCCUUGAGGGAAUUGAUGCAACAUGUAUCGAGUAAUCCGAUGGAGCUUCUUGAUAGAGAUAAAGAUUGUGCAUUCUCUAGAUUUUGCGAUAAGAAGUAUCACGAGCUGAUUCAUCCGAACAUGGCAUCUUCGAUAUUCAGUAACAUGGAUGAAAACGAAGCUGUGUUGAGUUCUUGGAGAUCUUUGAGCACAUUCUAUGAAUCGUUUGUCACGAUGGCUAGCUCGAUUUGGACCCUUCACAAGUUAGCCUUGUCCUUUGAUCCUGCAGUUGAGAUUUUCCAAGUUGAAAGCGGAGUGGAAUUUUCGAUUGUUUUCAUGGAGAAUGUCUUAAAAAGAAAACAAGAUAAGAAGUUUUCGAUGAGUCCUACUCGAGCCAAAGUAGGAUUCACAGUGGUUCCCGGGUUUAAAAUCGGGUGCACCGUGAUUCAGUGUCAAGUUUACCUUACCGGCGGCUCCAAAAUGUAAAUGAAAGAGACCGAUGGUUAAGCCGGCGCUCAAGUUUCUUUUCACAAAGCUGCUUCAAGAACUUGGCAGCUCACGAAGACUAUAUGAGUUAUAACUUUUUUACCUUCUUCCUUUUCUGUGAUUAAUUGUGUUCCUUUAAGUCUGAUUUGAGUUCUUGAUUUCGUUUUAAAGUGUACAGAAGGUUCUAAAGCUAUGGUGAUUUUUUUCUUUGUUUGAAUUGCAAUGAAUUCAAUUGUUUCUCUUUAUCGUAGUAAGAUGUAACAGAUUGAUUAUCAAAAUAUAGUCAGUUUUUCACAAAGUGUUCCUAUUUGUGGUCUCUGUUUGAUCAAAUUUCACAUUAAUUUGUAAUUCUGGGUUUUCU